CUGAACAGGUACAGCCUAUGCGAAAUGAGCGUGUGCUGGAAUAUGUACGGCGGGAAUGACUUCAAGUCAGCUAACGACCCGACCCCGCCCAAGAAGACGGUCACUAUCGACGACCCUAGGAAACAAGGCUCUCCGACUACUGCCAAGCGUAACAAAGACUACGAGCCGUACGAAAGCCCCCGGGGGCUAAGCGGCGGCGUCAGCUGGGCCAACGGCAGCGAGCGAGCGCGCGCGCACACUAGGACUCCGCCCCGGCGCGACCUGCGUACGCGCGGAGGCCCAGGCCGCGACCCGCACACUUGCGUCAAGCUCUGCCUCACUAAGGUCAAGUUCCAACACGAAGUGUACCCAUCUGGCGGCAUGCACGCGUCUCGGCAGACGCUCGCCAUAAGCAAGAUAGAAGUGCUGGACCGACUGGUCUGCAGCGACAUCAACAAGCUGCUCAGCCAGUACAAACUCAAAGACGAACCAGAGCGGAAGAAUGCGCAUAUGUUGGUAGUAAAAGCAGUCCACUUGCGGCCCGACCCGGCGCUGACUGCACAGGAGUGCUGCUUAAAAGUGUCGCUGCUACCGCUGCGGUUCAACCUGGACCAAGACACGCUAGCGUUCCUUGUGGGAUUCUUCUCCAAACUUGGCACUGAUGAGGCUACAGCCCAAUAA